AUGGUCGGCAUGAUCAAGGGAUUCCUAACGGCCGUCAAAUACACACCACAGGCGGUGAUGAAUUACCGACAGCAGUCAACGGCAGGAUUCUCCAUCGGGGCGAUUUUGCUGGAUCUGUCCGGUGCAAUAUUGUCGCUGAUGCAGCUAGUACUGGACUCGCAGGGGGAUUGGUCGGGCGCCGUCGGCAACAUUGCCAAACUCCUGCUGGGCAACAUUACCGUUCUAUUCGAUCUCAUCUUUAUCUUCCAGCAUUUUGUUCUGUAUCGGGAGCGCUUGGCGGAGAAUAAGUCAGGGUUAUGGGAGGAUGAAUCUCUCCUUGAUAGCAGCAAGAAUGAGGCAUAG